UUUGAGAAGCUGGAAUCAGAGAAAUUUGACAGCAAACAAUCAAUCAAUUACCAAGGUAGUCCUGUCUGGUUUGUGUUCACAAUCUUUAGAGGAAGGGUCGGCGGAACAACAAGCUUUCUCUCCAAAAAUACAACAUGAUUGUAUUUUUGUUUUGUGUUUUUCUAUUUUGACAUUUGUAUAAUUGUUACUGAUUAUGUGAUGGAUUGUACAGUGUCUACAACUGCUUCAACAAGGGAGGAGUCACGUUAGCCAAAUGAAAAACAGCCAGUAUCCCUUUAAACCUGCUCCUCUGCCUGGAAUGAAUCAGCACUUGAUAAGCCCUCCCUCUUCUUCCUGUUCUCAGACACAAAAAGCUCCACUCUGUGCUCAUAUUUCCUUGUUCCCUCCCCUUCAGAUCUACAGUUUGCAGAUGGGUGUAACCAACAUGUAAUGUAGUACAAGAGCUGUCAGGCUGCAGAAACACAUGUUGUUCAGAUCAGAGCUCAAACUAGUUUCACUUCUCAAAAUGAAGUGAAACAAGUCAGACAGUCGUCACUGAGAGCUGAAAUGGAGCAGAAAGGAGAUCAGCUGGACCGAGAAACCUUCUCUUGUUCGAUCUGUCUGGGUCUACUGAAGGAUCCGGUGACUAUUCCCUGUGGACACAGUUACUGCAUGAACUGUAUUAAAACACACUGGGAUGGAGAGGAUCAGAGGAAGAUCUACAGCUGCCCUCAGUGCAGACAGGCCUUCACACCGAGGCCUGUCCUGAUGAAAAGCACCAUGUUAGCAGCUUUAGUGGAGCAGCUGAAGAAGACUGGACUCCAAGCUGCUCCUGCUGAUCACUGCUAUGCUGGACCUGAAGAUGUGGCCUGUGAUGUCUGCACUGGGAGGAAGCUGAAAGCCCUCAAGUCCUGUCUGCAGUGUCUGAUCUCUUACUGUGAGAAACACCUUCAGCCUCAUUAUGAUGCAGCUCCGUUAAAGAAACACAAGCUGGUCGACCCCUCAGAGAAGCUUCAGGAGAACAUCUGCUCUCGUCAUGAUGAGGUGAUGAAGAUAUUCUGCCGUACUGAUCAGCAGAGUAUCUGUUAUCUCUGCUCUGUGGAUGAACAUAAAGGCCACGACACAGUCUCAGCUGCAGCAGUGAAGACUGAGAGGCAGAGAGAGCUCGAGGUGAGUCGACAACAAAUCCAGCAGAGAAUCCAGGACAGAGAGAAAGAUGUGAAGCUGCUUCAACAGGAGGUGGAGGCCGUCAGUCGCUCUGCUGAUAAAGCAGUGGAGGACAGUGAGAAGAUCUUCACUGAGCUGAUCCGUCUCAUCCAGAAAAGAAGCUCUGAUGUGAAGCAGCAGAUCAGAUCCCAGCAGGAAACUGAAGUGAGUCGAGUCAAAGAGCUUCAGGAGAAGCUGGAGCAGGAGAUCACUGAGCUGAAGAGGAAAGACGCUGAACUGAAGCAGUUCUCACACACAGAGGAUCACAUCCAGUUUCUACACAACUACCCCUCACUGUCACAACUCAGUGCAUCUACAGACUCAUCCAGCAUCAAUAUCCGUCCUCUGAGAUACUUUGAGGAUGUGACAGCAGCUGUUUCAGAGCUCAAAGAUCAACUACAGGACAUCCUGAGGGAGAAAUGGACAAAAAUCUCACUGACAGUGACUGAAGUGGACGUUUUACUGUCAGAACUAGAACCCAAGACCAGAGCUGAGUUCUUAAAAUAUUCACGUGAAAUCACUCUGGAUCCAAACACAGCACACACAUAUCUAUUAUUAUCUGAGGGGAACAGAAAGGCAGAACUAACGAGACAACAACAGUCUUAUUCUAGUCACCCAGACAGAUUCACGGAUUAUGAUCAGGUCCUGAGUAGAGAGAGUCUGACUGGACGUUGUUACUGGGAGGUGGUGUGGAGACGGAGAGGAAUUUAUGUAGCAGUCGCAUACAAGAAUAUCAGCAGAGCAGGAGAUUCAGAUGAAUGUGUAUUUGGAUUAAAUGACAAAUCUUGGUCUUUAUCUUGUUACAUUAACAGUUAUACAUUUUGGUUCAACAACAUCUCAACUUCCGUCUCAGGUCCUGGUUCCUCCAGAGUAGGAGUGUACCUGGAUCACAGUGCAGGUAUUCUGUCCUUCUACAGCGUCUCUGAAACCAUGACUCUCCUCCACAGAGUCCAGACCACAUUCACUCAGCCUCUCUAUGCUGGACUUUGGCUUUAUAUUGGAUCCACAGCUGAGUUGUGUGUGGACACUCUCAUCAUGAUGUAUAAAACACACUGCCAGUGCAUCUUGGACAAUGCCAUUAAUGUCAACUUUGAGGAGAUCCAGAAUUUUCUGCUUCACUUCUGGCAGGGAAUGCCCGACCACCUGCUGCCGCUGAUGGAAAACCCAGUGAUAGUUGACAUCUUCUGUUACAAGAGCUGUCAGGCUGCGGAAACACAUGUUGUUCAGAUCAGAGCUCAAACCUGUUUCACUUCUCAGGAAGUGAAACUCAGACAGUCGUUGCUGCUGAGAGCUGAAAUGGAGCAGAAAGGAGAUCAGCUGGACCGAGAAACCUUCUCUUGUUCGAUCUGUCUGGAUCUACUGAAGGAUCCGGUGACUAUUCCCUGUGGACACAGCUACUGCAUGAACUGUAUUAAAACACACUGGGAUGGAGAGGAUCAGAGGAAGGUCUACAGCUGCCCUCAGUGCAGACAGGUUUUCACACCGAGGCCUGUCCUGGUGAAAAACACCAUGUUAGCAGCUUUAGUGGAGCAGCUGAAGAAGACUGGACUCCAAGCUGCUCCUGCUGAUCACUGCUAUGCUGGACCUGAAGAUGUGGCCUGUGAUGUCUGCACUGGGAGGAAGCGGAAAGCCCUCAAGUCCUGUCUGACUUGUCCGGCCUCUUACUGUGAGAAUCAUCUUCAGCCUCAUUAUGAUGCAGCUCCGUUAAAGAAACACAAGCUGGUCGACCCCUCGGAGAAGCUCCAGGAGAACAUCUGUUCUCGUCAUGAUGAGGUGAUGAAGAUGUUCUGCCGUACUGAUCAGCAGAGUAUCUGUUAUCUCUGCACUAUGGAUGAACAUAAAGGCCACGACACAGUCUCAGCUGCAGCAGAAAGGACUGAGAGGCAGAGAGAGCUCGAGGUGAGUCGACAACAAAUCCAGCAGAGAAUCCAGGACAGAGAGAAAGAUGUGAAGCUGCUUCAACAGGAGGUGGAGGCCGUCAGUCGCUCUGCUGAUAAAGCAGUGGAGGACAGAAGGAGGAUCUUCACUGGGCUGAUCUGUCUCAUCCAGAAAAGAAGCUCUGAUGUGAAGCAGCAGAUCAGAUCCCAGCAGGAAACUGAAGUGAGUCGAGUCAAAGAGCUUCAGGAGAAGCUGAAGCAGGAGAUCACUGAGCUGAAGAGGAAAGACGCUGAACUGAAGAAGCUUUCACACACAGAGGAUCACACCCAGUUUCUACUCAACUACCCCUCACUGUCACAACUCAGUGCAUCUACAGACUCAUCCAGCAUCAAUAUCCGUCCUCUGAGAUACUUUGAGGAUGUGACAGCAGCUGUUUCAAAGCUCAGAGAUCAACUACAGGACAUCCUGAGGGUGAAAUGGACAAACAUCUCACUGGCAGUGACUGAAGUGGAUGUUUUACUGUCACAACCAGAACCCAAGACCAGAGCUGAGUUCUUAAAAUAUUCACGUGGAAUCACUCUGGAUCCAAACACAGCAAACACAUGGCUGUUAUUAUCUGAGGGGAACAGAAAAGCAGAACGAAUGAAACAACAACAGUCUUAUUCUAGUCACCCAGAAAGAUUCACUGGAUAUCAUCAGGUCCUGAGUAGACAGAGUCUGACUGGACGUUGUUACUGGGAGGUGGAGUGGAGAGGCGAAGGAGUUGAUGUAACAGUCGCAUACAAGAAUAUCAAUAGAGCAGGAGACUCAAAGGAAUGUGGAUUUGGAUUUAAUGUCAAAUCUUGGUCUUUACAUUGUUACCCUGACAGUUAUAAAUUUUGGUUCAACAACAUCACAACUUCCGUCUCAGGUCCUGUUUCCUCCAGAGUAGGAGUGUACCUGGAUCACAGAGCAGGUAUUCUGUCCUUCUACAGCAUCUCUGAAACCAUGACUCUCCUCCACAGAGUCCAGACCACAUUCACUCAGCCUCUCUAUGCUGGACUUUGGCUUUAUAUUGGAUCCACAGCUGAGUUGUGUAAACUCAAAUAGACAGAAGUCAUUUCAGACUUCAUGUGUCAGAUUCUGUUGUAAUUCUUCAUGUUUUUGU